AUGGUUGCUAUCUUCCUGGAGCACUCUAAUGCGGCCGGUUCCCAGGCUUUUAUCGAGAUCGCAAUCCAAGGCGAUUGCUCAACGUUCUUUCUGCCAGAUGACCCAUCACAGGAAAAGAUCACCCUGAGCUCCCAUGCAGACGAUGGACAUACCUACCUCUGCCUCGAGGUUCAUCAUAAAUUCGCACUCCUGCGCACUUUCAAUGUGAGCUGUGGCCCUUGUUCAAUCCUUGGAGACGACCAUAGAGAUGUCCAGCUUCCAGAGUCAACUGUCACUCACCAUAAAUCCAUCAUUUUACGCCCUACCGAUCACUUCUUAGCACCAUCCGGUCGAUGGGCCGUGCAUUGGGAUGAGGACGGGAAGAUUUCAGAGUCUAUGAAGCCACCCUGUCUGCCAAUAGUGAGUGAUACCUCUGAGGCUGAAGAGGCAAAUACAGGAGUGUUGGAAGGAUUCUUGGACGUGGGUAAGGGCAGUCCGAGCAAAUCCAGUGGAGUCACCUGCUCCCCGACCCCGUCCGCCGCUGGUGAAGAGGAAGAUGAAGGAUCACCCAUCGAAAGUAGAGAGGACCACAAGGAAUAUGCCAAAGAGCCUGCUGUCUCGGAAACCCCACUGGACAACACCGGUACCCUGGGACGUCUCGAGGACAAACACCCGGGCAACCCCAAACCUGAAGGGAAGCCCAAGUUCUCUAGUGAGCCGGCUUCCACAUCAGACUCCGCCCAUCCCGUGAGCCCACGAUCAAUUCCCGGGUCCAAAGACAUGGCAAUUGCUCUUACCACUGACGGUACUGCAACGGACUCUGUGUAUAGGGCAGACUCGUCAUCUGCAGUCGACGCCAUACAGACUCCAAGUAAUUCACAAGAUUCAGCCGACGAGCCUCGCACCGAGAGUGAUGCCAACGGUAUAUUGGCAUCAGGUGAAACAAGAGGAAGAAAGCGGAAGCUGAAGUAUAUGGAAGUCACUGACACCGGUCUUCACUCCUCUGACACUGAAACCGACGCUUCGAAAGGGGUUGAGGUAGCUGACACUAUUAUCGUCAGCCGGAAGUCAAACAGAUCAAAUGCAACAAAAGACAAAACGAAAGCAAUCAAGACACCAGCAAAGCAGACAAGGAGUCGAAGGUCGCCGAUACUUCCUGAUGAAAGACCUGACAGCAAUAUAUCGCAAAAGUCCAGCGGACGUCCCGGCAUGCGACGGGGGAGAUCAUCACGUGCAUGGUAUGCUGGGCCUGCUCCAGUGGUUCUUUUCAGCGGUAGCACCACUAUACAGGAUGAUAGAGCAGUAAUGUCUGCAUUCGGGCGGCUUGGGGGCAAGGUCGGUAUGACCAUCAACAACGCCACCGUCCUGUGUAUCCCAGAAGGUCAUGUGAAGAAGACAGGCAAGCUCAUCAUGGCAGUAGCCAAGGGUAUCGACAUUGUGACGGAGAAAUGGAUAACGUACUCGCAACGCCUUGGCCGGUUCCCGGGCGUUGCUCACUAUCUGCCGCGCGACGAGACUCAGGAGCGAGCUUGGGGCUGCAACUUGAGAGCAGCAAUUCAGGGGGGCAAGGAAGGCUUAACCCAUCUGCUUUCCGGCACCACUGUCUAUCUGACAAAAGAACUGAGGCACAGUCUGGGAAACUUGGAGCGAGAAACAUCGCAAAUUGCCUGGAUCCUGGGUGCAGAAGCUGUCAAGCGACGGUUACCAGCCCUCAAGGACAAGGACACACUUAGCCAGACAAGCGUCCUGGUCAUUGGCGUGCGGGAUGACCCUCAGGGAGCUCAUGUUGGGCGACUCGGGCAGGUUCUGUUCAACAAGGACAUCCUAACGAUGGCUGCCCUGAGAGGUCGUCUUGAGAGGAACAGUGAGGAGUUUGUGAUCGAGAUGCCCAUCAAGGAUGAGGAGGAGCUAUGA